AAAACAAAAUCUCGUUCAUUCAUUAGAUCACACAAACCCCAGCGACGCAGCAAAGCUCAGAGCUGAGAAACCCUAGAAUCUGAGAUCACUCAGAUUCGAUUCGAUUUCGAUUUGGAUUUUUUGGGGAAAGAAUAAUAAUAAUAACGAGAAUGGGGAAGAAGAAGAAGAGAGUAGCGUCGAAGGUGUGGUGCUAUUACUGCGACCGAGAAUUCGACGACGAGAAGAUUCUAGUUCAGCACCAGAAGGCUAAGCACUUCAAGUGCCACGUCUGCCACAAGAAGCUCUCUACCGCCGGUGGCAUGGCCAUUCACGUCCUCCAGGUCCACAAAGAGUCCGUCACCAAAGUUCCCAAUGCGAAAGCUGGAAGAGAGUCAACUGAUAUUGAAAUAUAUGGAAUGCAAGGAAUUCCACCGGACGUAUUAGCUGCUCACUAUGGAGAAGAAGAAGAAGAGGCUCCAUCCAAAGUCGCCAAAGUCGACACUCCUUACACUCAGCUAGCUGGAAUGGUGCCUGGACAAUUGGGUGUCGGCUAUCCUCCUCAAUCAACUUUAGGGGCGAUGCGGCCAAUCUACAGUUCUGCAGUACCAGUGCCUCCUGCUGGUUGGCCAGUGCCUCCUCGCCCACAGCCUUGGUAUCCACAGCAUCCGGCUGUUUCAAUGCCUCCUGCUCCAGCAGGUUAUGGCCAACAGCCUUUGUUUCCUGUGCAAAAUGUAAGGCCUCCUCUACCAUCAAGUACUUCUGCACUUCAGCCAUCACAAGUAAUUCCUCCUGGAAUGCCCUUGUCCACGCAACCUGUUGCCGUAUCUCAACCCUUGUUCCCUGUUGUUAAUAACAAUACACCUACUCAAAGUUCACCAUUUUCUGCUCCCAUUCCAUCAACUACUGUUCCAGUUAGCUCUUCAGCAGAAAUUAAAGGCUCAAUUGAUGCGCAUUCAGGUGCCAACUCAACUAUGACCAGCAGCUAUCAUGUCCCAAGCAUGCAAGGUGGGACAUUAUCCAAUUCACAUUCUUAUGCCUCCGGCCCCAACACUGGUGGUCCUUCAAUUGGACCACCCCCUGUAAUAGCAAAUAAAGGUCCUCCUACUCAGCCAGCCGUUAAUGAGGUCUAUCUUGUUUGGGAUGAUGAGGCAAUGUCCAUGGAGGAGAGAAGAAUGUCCUUAGCAAAGUAUCAGGUGCAUGAUGAAACUAGCCAGAUGAGCUCAAUCGAUGCAGCAAUAGACAGAAGGAUAUCGGAAAGCAGGCUUGCUGGCAGAAUGGCGUUUUAGAGCAACUGGACGUGAGGCUAUGAACCCUUGUUGGAUCGGUGGAUGAAUAGAUAAGCUUCUGUGUAUAAUGGAAUAGAAAUUUCGAAGAAGAGGAGCGUCGAUAGAUUUUAGUCGUCAUUCAUUCUUUAUCGGGGUCUUACAAAAGCGCAGAAUUUAGAUGUGUUGUAUUUUUUGUUAUUAUUAUUAUUACUAUUAUUGUUGUUAUUGCAAGAAAGAUAGAUAAAAAGAGCCAUUGGUUGUUAAUCAUGUUCUCAAGA